AUGUCUCAGGAUCGUCCUUGCAAGCGCUGCAUCAAGAGAAACAUUGGACAUUUGUGUCAUGAUGAGCCAAGAGAAGGCCACGGAUAUCACAAGAAAUCCAAAGCCGAUUCUGAUGCCACGGGCCCCGAUGCCGACGAUACCUCUCCCAGCAAAGAUGAAUACGCCACUGCAACACCAACUCUAGGACCAUCUGCUCUGAUGGAUGAGGCUGGCCAUAGUUUGAUGCAAGAUGACAACAUGGCCAUGAGACAGACUGCUGAUGCUACCAUGCCCUCCUCAAAUCCUAGCAUCCCUGCACAAGCUGGAGGUACUAUCAAUAAUGGCACGACUCAAGCCCAUUUCGGCUACAACGAUCCGUGGCUCGGCGUUCAAAAUCGCUUUCACGACAUGCACGCCUUUCAUCCUCAAUUCAUGUUCAACGCGAAUGAAGUCACGGACGAGUUCAACUUGCUCAACGACUUCCUCAGCACUAGUUUGUUUGAAGAGACAGGCAUGCAUUCUACCGACGAGUUCGGUGGUCAUUAUGACCCGUCCUUCAUGAAUUCGAUGGCUGAAGCUGUCUUUCCGCCAUCUGGCGCCGAACAAUUAUCUGCUCAGCAACAGCAACAGCCGCCCCAGCCGCCUAAUUUCAACAACAACCAGAAUCUUGCCACACAAGGCGCUUUGAUCUCGAGACCCUCGAGUGUGAAGCCCAUCUCAGACAAGGCAAGAGAGAAAUACUACAUGAUGGCGGCAGACCCAAGUGGGACAGAGUCGCCCGAAGAGCGUAUGAAUAAGCUUCUCAAGGCUAAAUACGACGCCGGGAUGCUAAGACCAUUUAAUUAUGUGAAUGGCUAUGCUAGGCUCAACAAAUACAUGGAGAAGAACAUGAAACAUUCGUCUCGACAUAAGAUUUUGAUGCAAUUGGACCAAUUCCGACCCAAGUUCCGCGAGCGCAUGCAAAGCUUGACAGAUAUUGAGUUGGUCUUGGUCGAGAUGUGGUUCGAAAGGAGUCUCAUGGAGUAUGAUAGAAUCUUUGCAAGUAUGGCGAUCCCUGCCUGUUGUUGGAGGAGGACUGGCGAGAUUUUCCGGGGUAACAAGGAAAUGGCUGAGUUGAUUCACGCACCUAUAGAAUCACUCCGUGAUGGCAAGCUGGCCAUACAUGAAAUCAUCGUGGAAGACCAAUUGGUCAGCUAUUGGGAGAAAUUCUGUGCCAUUUGUUUCGACCAGCAGCAGAAGGCGAUGCUCACAAGCUGCACCCUUCGUUGCCCGGUAGCGGGAUCUGAAAUUGCCGAAAUACCUUGUUGCUUCUCUUUUACGAUUCGCAGAGACAAUCACAACAUACCCUCAUUGAUUGUGGGCAAUUUCUUACCCAUCAAUCCCGCAAAAACAUAA